AUGGCCAAAGUCGAAGGUGCACCAGCGCACGGUGCUGUAGCUCACCUCCUGCCACAAACAUACAAGCGAUUAGUCUCGGAAUGGUUGGAAGAGGACACACCGAGCUUCGAUUAUGGUGGCUUCGUCGUGGGCGAGGAGAUGUCCGAGGCGAAGUUACUUGGGAAAAGCGAAGGCAUAGUAGCAGGCGUCCCCUUCUUCGAUGAAGUCUUCCGACAACUCGGCUGCACUGUAGAAUGGCACGUUAAAGAAGGUGCCUCCUUCCAACCCAUAACUCACUGUGCUACUGUGCGCGGCCCUGUUCGCCACCUCCUCCUAGGUGAGCGGGUGGCUCUCAAUACUCUUGCCCGCUGUUCGGGCAUCGCCACCAAGUCUAACCGCCUCCUCACUCUUCUACGUGGAGCUGGCUACCCGAAUAUCCUUGCAGGUACCAGGAAAACAACACCAGGGUUCCGACUUGUGGAGAAGUAUGGCAUGCUAGUGGGUGGCGUGGACGCGCAUCGGGUUGAUCUGAGCGCGAUGACGAUGCUGAAAGAUAAUCAUAUUGUCGCUGCAGGGAGCAUUACUAACGCUGUGAGAGCAGCCAAAGCGGCGGGUGGUUUUGCAAUCAAAGUCGAAGUCGAGUGCCAAUCAUUCGAUGAAGCCGAUGAGGCUAUUGCCGCUGGAGCUGACAUCGUCAUGCUAGACAACUUCACACCUGAGGGUGUCCAGAUUGCUGCCAAAGACUUGAAGGACAAGUGGGGACGAGGAACUGGAGAUAGGAAGCAGUUCCUUGUUGAGGUGAGCGGCGGGCUUACGGAGUAUAACGUGGAAAAGUACGUCUGUGGGGAUAUUGAUAUCGUGAGUACGAGCAGUAUACACCAAGGAGUACCGCAUGUAGACUUCAGCUUGAAGAUUGUACCCAAGAGUAAGAAGGAUGGUGGAGAAAGUCUGGCAGUAUGA